GUAACCAUGGCUUCUCUUCUCCUUCUCCUCACAAUCCUUCUCAUCUCCACUAUCUUCAUCAUAUUCAUGAUCUCCAUUUCUAACAAAAAGAACAAAACCAACAAAGCUCCAUUACCACCAGGUCCAAAAGGCUGGCCAAUCAUCGGCAACCUAAAUCAAAUCGGCUCCAAGCCACAUGAAACACUGCACACCCUCUCCAAAAUCUAUGGCCCUCUCUAUAGACUCCAGUUGGGCUCUGUGACCGUUGUUGUCGCCAACUCACCCGAUGUUGCAUCCCAAUUCCUCCGCACUCUUGAUACCAACUUUUGCAACAGACCACAAUUCACCAUCGGUGAGUACAUGGGCUACGGCUACAGAGCCCCGGGUUCAAUGCCCUACGGCCCUGGCUGGCUCAUGUUCCGCCGCUUGUGCAACAUCCAUCUCUUCUCCAAUAAAGCUCUUGACGACCUGCGCCACGUCCGAGAGGAGGAGGUGUCACUGUUGGCUCGCAAGUUCGUGCAAGCAAAGGACACUAGUAUUACUGUAGGUGUGGAAGUAGGGAAAGAGUUGAAUGCUUGUGCUGCCAACGCCUUAACAAGAGCACUGUUCAGAAGACGAGUGUUUGAGGAGGACAACGGCCCAGACGUUGAAGAGUUUAAGAAGGUUUUAGAAGAGAACUUAAAGCUCGCCACUGGUUUGAACAUUGAGGAUUUCUUCCCAUGGAUCAAAGCUUUGGAUGUGCGUGGUUUUGUGGCUAAGCUGAAAAGGCUUCACCGUUGGUAUGAUAACACCUUAACCAAAAUCAUAGAUGAACACAAGUCUAAGCCUAAGAUUGCAAUUGAAGGUGAAGCUGAAGGUAAAGAUUUGCUUAGUGUGCUCUUAAGGUUGAAGGAUGCUGAUGUUAAAGAUAAAGAAACUGAUAAUUAUAAGCUCACUGACACCGACAUCAAGGCCUUGCUCACGGACUUGUUCAUUGGUGGUACCGAUACUACAUCAUUGAUGGUGGAGUGGGCGUUGGUGGAGCUUAUCCGUCACCCAGACAUCCUCGCCGCCGCACAGAAAGAGUUAGAUUCCAUUGUUGGGCAGUCUCGGUUAGUGUCUGAGCUUGACCUGAGUGACAUCCCCCUCCUUGAAGCCAUUAUCAAGGAGACAUUCAGGCUCCACCCACCAGUCCCUCACUUAAUCCCACACACAGCCUCUGAGGCAUGUGAAGUGGCUGGCUACUACGUUCCCAAAGCCACUGUCCUUCUAGUCAACGUGUGGACUAUAUGUAGAGACCCGGAGGUCUGGUCUCGUCCAAUGGAGUUUGACCCAAGCCGGUUCCUUCCUGGCGGGGAGAAUGCUGACGUGGAUGUGAAAGGGAGUCACUUUGAACUGAUCCCGUUCGGCGCCGGCCGCCGGAUAUGCCUCGGAAUGCGGCUCGGGAUGAGGAUGACGACGUUGCUGCUAGCCAGCUUGGUGCAUGGCUUUGAUUGGGCCUUGCCUGAUGGGCUUUCUCCUGAGAAUAUGAACAUGGAUGUGGAGUAUGGGCUGACUUUAGAACGUAUUGUUCCUUUGGUGGCUCGGCCCAUACCAAGGUUGGCACCUAAUGCUUAUGUGGUGUAGAUGAUAAGAUUACGGUUUU